AUGCGGUUUGCUCUUGCGGCUUUGGGCCUACUGUCGUCCACAGUGUUGGUAACAGCCCAGACCUACACAGACUGCAACCCGACCCAACGAACCUGCCCUGCUGAUCCCGCAUUUGGGCAAGUCGACAAGACUUUCGACUUCACAAGUGGUGCCUCGGAUGCCUUCAAGUCGACAGGAGCCGUCACAUAUGACGAUGAAAAUGGCGCAACUUUUACCAUCUCCAAACAGGGGGAUGGCCCACUGAUUCAAUCCGGCUGGUACAUCAUGUUCGGCCGUGUGGAGUUCACCAUCAAGGUCGCCUCAGGAACUGGUAUUGUGAGCAGCGCAGUUCUGCAGUCCGACUGUCUGGAUGAGCUCGACUGGGAAUGGCUUGGAGGCAAGAGCACCGAGGUGCAGUCCAACUACUUCGGCAAAGGAGAUACCAGCACCUACAACCGUGGCGCUUUCCACUCCAACCCCGGCAAUCAAGACAGCUUCCACACCUACUCGAUCGACUGGACCAGCAGCCAGAUUGUGUGGGCGAUUGAUGGUGAGACUGUUCGUGCCCUCACUCCUGAGUCGGCAGACGCAGGACAGUACCCCCAGACUCCCAUGAUGGUCAAGGUCGGCGUGUGGGCUGGUGGUGACUCGAACAACGCCCAGGGCACUAUUGACUGGGCUGGUGGCCAAACUGACUACAGCCAGGGUCCCUUCAAGAUGUACCUGAAGAAGAUGACUGUGACCGACUAUUCCACUGGAACUUCGUAUAAGUAUGGUGAUACCAGUGGUACCUGGGAGUCUAUCAUCUCCGAAGGUGGCGAAAUUAAUGGCAACAGUGGUGCGGAGCCCUCUUCCACUCAGUCUGCACCCAGCAUCACCGCUACUGCCGACGGGGCCCCAGUUCCUUGGAGUGGAACACACAAAGAGACCUCAAGCUGGGUUACCCCCAAUGUUUGGCCUUGGGUGGCCAGUGACUCUCCGACUGCUUCGUCAACAGGCUACCAGUAUGACUGGGAGUCACGCUCUAGUCGCAUCCAGACGCCAGGUGGCGCCACCAGUGAGAAUUCCCACAAACCUGUUCUGCAUUCAACCACUAAGAUCGCCUUUUUCUCCCCACAGUCUACCUUCCACUUUACAUUUGCACUCUCGCAUUCUUCUUCGGUUGCCUUUUCCCGCUCUGGCAUUGAGACUGUGCAGAGAAACUCCACUCGGAUGGCCAGUAAAACCAGGGUGUCGACUAAAUAUACUACGACUGCCACCCACAAGCCAACUGACAACCUUGCUACUAAUCCCACGACCUCGGCCUCAGCCACGGCUUCUGAACCUCGUGCUACCUCAACAACGAGCAGUGCGAAUGUCCGAUCCAAGGUUCCGGCCUUUGCAGGUGUCUUCUGUACCCUGUUUGUUGGUGCUAUCCCCUUGCUUUGA